UUUAAUUUUAACGGCACGGAGAAGCAGCGACCCUAAUAAUGUCCUCGAACAGCGAUAUCAGGAUCCCCGCUCGGCUGCCGUUACUCCUAACCUACGAAGGAGUACUGCUACCGGGCUCCACGAUGCGGAUCAGCGUCGACACGGCGAGAAAUAUGCAGCUGGUAAAAAGCAGGCUUCUGAAGGGGACGUCACUAAAAAGCACCAUUAUCGGGGUUAUCCCGAACACCAGGGACCCGGAGCACGAUACCGAGGACCUGCCGACCCUGCAUGGCACUGGCACGGCGGGGCUGGCUGUGCAGGUGGUGGGCAGUAACUGGCCGAAACCCCACUACACGCUGCUGAUCACGGGCUUGUGUCGCUUCCGCGUCAUCCAGCUGCUGCGCGAGCGGCCCUUCCCGAUGGGGGAGGUCCAGCAGCUGGACAAGCUGGAGCAGUACGCUGCCUCUGACGCGGCCGACUGCCACGGGGAGCUGGGAGAGCUGUCAAAGAGGUUCUAUCAAGCGGCUGUGCAGCUGGUGGGCAUGCUUGAUAUAUCCGUCCCUGUGGUUGCUAAGCUCCGCCGCCUACUGGACAGCCUUCCCAGAGAGACCUUACCUGAUGUUUUGACCUCGAUGAUCCAGGCGUCCAACAAGGAGAAGCUGGAGGUGUUGGAUGCUGUCAAUCUGGAAGAGCGCUUCAAGAAGACUCUGCCUCUGCUGACCCGGCAGAUCGAGGGUCUCAAGCUGCUGCAGAAGACCAGAAAGCCAAGACUGGAUGAUGACAAGAGGGUGGUGCCCGUUCGAAGGGGAGGGGUCUUCUCAGGCGGACAGUUCUCCAUAGAGGACGACGGGGAGGAAGAGGACAGCGAUGACGUGGCCUUGCUGGAGAAGCGGGUCAGAACCGGCAACAUGCCGGAGACAGCGCUUCGUGUCUGCCUGAAGGAGCUAAAACGGUUGAAGAAGAUGCCGCAAUCCAUGCCUGAAUAUGCCCUGACCCGUAAUUAUCUGGAGCUGAUGGUGGAGCUGCCGUGGAGUAAAUCGACCACAGACUGCCUGGACAUCCGGGCUGCACGCGCCCUGCUGGACAGCGACCACUACGCCAUGGAGAAGCUGAAGCGGCGCGUGCUGGAGUACCUGGCCGUGCGACAGCUUCGCAGCGCCCUCAAGGGGCCCAUCCUGUGCUUUGUGGGGCCGCCGGGGGUGGGCAAGACCAGUGUGGGCCGCUCCAUCGCCCGCACGCUGGGCAGGGAGUUCCACCGCAUCGCCCUGGGGGGCGUCUGCGACCAGUCCGACAUACGCGGCCACAGACGCACCUACGUGGGCAGCAUGCCCGGCCGUAUUAUCAACGGGUUGAAGGCCGUGGGGGUAAACAACCCAGUGUUCCUGCUGGACGAGGUGGACAAGCUGAGCAAGAGCCUGCAGGGAGACCCUGCCGCCGCCCUGCUGGAGGUUCUAGACCCAGAGCAGAACCACAGCUUCACUGAUCACUACCUUAACGUGCCCUUUGACCUCUCCCAAGUUCUCUUCAUCGCCACGGCAAACACCACGGCGACCAUCCCUCCUGCCCUCCUGGAUAGGAUGGAAGUGCUUCAGGUACCAGGGUACACUCAAGAAGAGAAAGUGGAGAUCGCUCAUCGCCAUCUGAUCCCCCAUCAGCUGGAGCAGCAUGGACUCACUCCCCAGCAGGUCCAGAUACCGCAGGACACUACGCUGGACAUCAUCAGCAGAUACACACGGGAGGCAGGUGUGCGGUCGCUGGAGAGGAAGUAUGGGGCCAUCUGCCGGGCUGUGGCCGUGAAGGUGGCUGAGGGCCACAAGGCGGCCAAGCCAGGGGCGUCCACCGAGGGCGAGCAGAGCCCCGGCACUGAGGCUGGAGUCCCAGAUCAAGAGAAGAAGAGCGGAGCUUUGGGGGAUCUGGCCCUGCCCCCUGAGAUGCCCAUUGUGAUCGACCGCCAGGCUCUGAAGGACAUCCUGGGACCUCCAGUCUUCGAAAUGGAGGUGUCCGAGCGUCUGACGCUCCCUGGGGUGGCCAUCGGCCUGGCCUGGACCCCCCUGGGCGGGGAGAUAAUGUUUGUGGAGGCCAGCCGCAUGGAGGGGGACGGCCAGCUCACGCUCACGGGCCAGCUGGGUGAUGUCAUGAAGGAGUCUGCCCAUCUGGCCAUCAGCUGGCUGAGGAGCAAUGCCAAGACCUACCAACUGACCAAUAUGGCGGGGGGGGCUGACCCCCUGGAGGGAACAGAUGUCCACUUGCACUUCCCCGCUGGUGCGGUCACCAAGGAUGGCCCAUCAGCUGGGGUCACCAUCGUGACGUGUCUGGCUUCACUGUUCAGCGGACGGCUGGUGCGCUCCGACGUGGCCAUGACGGGGGAGAUCACGCUGAGGGGCCUCGUGCUUCCGGUGGGUGGGAUCAAGGACAAGGUGCUGGCGGCACACAGAGCGGGCAUAAGCCGCAUCAUCCUGCCGAAGCGGAACGAGAAGGACCUGGAGGAGAUCCCAGCUCACGUGCGGACCCAGCUGGAGUUCGUGGCAGCCAGCUCACUGGAUGAGGUCCUCAACGCUGCCUUCGACGGAGGCUUCUGCGGGUCGCAGCCGUCUCACGUACCACCAGCCCUUGUUAGCAAGCUUUGAGGGCUCUGGUGAAAUGUAGCAGCCCUGUUCCUGUUCCUUGGGAGUAGUGUAAUAUUAAGCCACAACAGCCUGGGCUUUUGAAGGAACCAGGGUAAGUCAUGGCAUUAAACCGAGUUUUUCUAUGAGGUUUAUGUCAGUCAGCUGUAAAUUGAAGCAUUUGAGAUGGAGGCAAAUUGUUAAAGUAGGUUCAAACCUAAUAGUUUGCUGGUCUCUCUGUGAAUGAAACACGCAAGCAUGGUGUCUCCAUUUCCGAAUGACUGACGUCCACCACUUGGACAGACGCCUGCUUGCUUGGUGAAAAGCUUGUCUGAUUCUGGCUGCUGGGUUACUUAUAAUUCAGGGACAUGGGUUCUCAUAGCCUUGAUGUACAGCUCAGUAUGUGGUUAUGUUCCUGUCCUUAAACUGAUGAAAUCUAACAAUGAAAAAAUCGGAUUGCUUUUCAAUCUCACUUUCCUCCUCGAAAAAGGAGAAAAUAAGCUUUAAUAGAAGGUGUUUCAGUAGCUGAGGAAAUUUUAAAUUCCUAAAUGCUAGAUUUGCCAUGACUGUGACCUUAACUAAUGAAGAGGGGAAGGGAACACUUACCACAUGAUACAUUCUUGACUAAGGAGAAGCAGGAGUUAGCCUGCUUAUUGCUGAUUAACAGGACAAGAGUUUCGCCUGGCAUGCCGAUGUUGUUCACACUAAUGUUCGGAACUAAUAAAUUGUAUGACAUGACUUGUCUA